AGCUAGUGUCAAAAGUAGUCGAGGAACGAAAAAUAUUUUUCUUGCUGCGAUUAAAUUGUGCGAUAUUUAGUGAAGUUAUAGUUUUAUAGUGAAAUUUAGCAUAAUUACUCACAGUAAUUUGUACGGCGUAGUCCAGUGCACUGUUAGUUUCAUUUGUUAGCGCACAUUGGUGCUCGUGACACGACAUUACUUAAGUUUUUUGUGCAAAUCGUGUGGAGAAGAACGAAUAUCGAACCAUGGCCGUAGCACCAGAAAAAAAUGAUUUAGAUGCCAUUUUCAACAGACUUCGCUCAAUUCCAACUAACAAGACAUGUUUUGAUUGUGGGUCCAAAAAUCCCACUUGGUCAUCGGUGACGUACGGGGUUUUCAUCUGUAUCGACUGUUCAGCGGUCCAUAGAAGUCUAGGUGUUCAUUUAACCUUUGUAAGAUCAACAAAUCUGGACACGAACUGGACAUGGUUACAGAUUCGCCAAAUGCAACUGGGUGGCAACGCUAAAGCGGCUCAAUUUUUCCGCCAGCAUAACUGCAAUACCACUGAUGCACAGCAAAAGUACAAUUCACGUGCAGCUCAGCUUUAUAGGGAUAAACUCGCCAAUCAGGCACAACAAUCGUUGCAACUUCAUGGCACUACGCAGCUUCACAUUGAUAACAUGCAUGAUCAAAACGCUGAAAGCAACGCAAGCGAGGAAAUAGAUUUUUUCACCGAUUGUGCCAGCUUUGAAGUUUCCGCUGUGACCAACGAUAGCCACAAUAACAAUCUGAAGCAGAACGCCUUCCUACAGGAUAACAUUCCUAAACUUGCCUCUCUGGGAGGCAAUGAACCUAUAGACGGUACUGGUAAUUUGCAAGGACCAAGCGUCGAUUUCUUAAAUUCUACCGUGCCAGUAGAGCCUCCAAAGUCAACCAUUGGAGUACGCAAAAUUCAGCCAAAAAAGGGUGCUCUUGGAGGUAAAAAAGGCGGACUAGGGGCGACGCGUGUUAAAACCAACUUUGCAGAAAUAGAGGAAAAAGCUAAUCUUGCUGAUAAGUUGAAAAUGUCAACUGCAGUGGCAGCCGUAGAAAACCCUCCGACGGAGGAGGAGCAAGCCCAAGCGUUGGCUAGUGUUCGUUUGGCAUAUCAAGAUCUUUCGAUCAAACAACACAAAGAAGAGGAAAAAUUGAAAGCUACAGACCCGAACAAAGCUAAACAGGUUGAACGUCUAGGCAUGGGCUUCGGUUCCCGCACGGGAGUAUCGCAUUCCGCUGUUACAGAUAUGAAGACGUUGAGUCAAGAAACAGUUUCGAAAAAUGGAACGUCUCUAGAAAAGACAUUCGACAGUAACAAUGAUUUUUUCGAUGAUUAUGCUACAUCGAUGUACGGAAGUAGCAAUAGUAACAAUGCUUCUGGUAGUACUGCAAGCAUUGGAAGCAGUAAAACUUCUCCUUCCACGGGCGUUUCUUCACGUAUGAGUAACGAUUUCUUCGUCGUGGUCGAUGCAUUUGGGCCCCCUCCCCCCGCGAAGAAUAAGAGCAUUAGGAACCAACCCACCUAUAAUCGGAAUUCGAGCGGUAAACAGUCGGGGACCGGCUCUGGCAACGAUUAUGAACCAUCCGAUACGGCGCAGAAGAAGUUCGGUUCGGCUAAGGGAAUCUCUUCGGAUCAAUUUUUCGGUGACGAUAGCACUUCUUUCGAACGGUCGGCCAAUCUGGCUAAAUUUCAGGAUUCUAGCAGUAUAUCUUCGGCGGAUUAUUUCGGACAUGGAAGUUCUUCCGGAGGAAGCAGCGGUGGACGAAACCGGGGUCCGAAUCUACAAUACAACGGUCCAGAUCUGGACGAGGUCAAGGAAAGUGUACGGCAAAGCGUGACCAAGGUUGCCGGUCGACUAAGCACGUUGGCCACUGAUAUGAUGUCAACGAUUCAGGAUAAAUACGGUUAUUAGAAGUUUAUUUUAAUAUUUUUGAAAAAAGAAGAGAUAUUUUAAAUGAUGCAUUAUUAUUUUGUACACGUUUAGGCCAUUAGAUUGUUUAGACAAGUAUGCGUAUUAGUUCAAAUACUUAUGCAGCAAUCGCUGUAGAUUCAUUAAGUAUGUUGAAGAAUGAUUGAAUUAAUUGGUGUAUCGUGUGAAAAAUCGUAGCUAUUUUAUAAUUUUCGAAUAAUAUAAUUGUGAAGUUGUAAACUAUAAUCUACUGAUUUUUCAUACAUUAUCUAUGCCAACGAUCGGAAAUUCUCGCCUGUAUAACUAGUAUAAUCGAGUAAAUUACAUACAGCAGGCAGCCUUGGACAUGAAACCUUUCACAUAAAAGCAUGAAAUAUAUGAGCGAAGCUGAAUUGCAAUCAUAAAUUGUGUCUACUGAUGGCACAAUUCAAAACAAACGAAUAGAGUUAUAGUAAAUAUAAGUAUUGGUCUAAAUUUUUUAUGUUGAGCACUACUUAAGUGAUUAUAAUCAAUUGUCAUAUACCAUAUAUAAUGAAAGGUCAUAGAAGUCAAAAACAUGUACAAAGGACAAAUAUGAUAGUAAAAUCACCUGUUGAACACACCUACGUUGCAAAAAAAAAGAAAUUGAAAUAAAAAUAUCGGGGAAAUAUAUUCAGUAAUCAGUACGGAUAAGAACACUGGAUAACUCGUCCGGGCGC